CAAAACAAACCAAAACCUACUUCAGUAACACAGAAAGACUCUCUUCUUCAUUUCUGUCAACCAGAAAAUGGCGGCUUCUUCUUCUACAAUCUCUCUCUCACAAAGCCCUAAACUCUCCGUCGCCACCACUUCCAACCCCUCUCUCUCUCACUCUCUCUUCUCUUCACGCGCUCUCAGAUUCCCUUCAAUCUCGCUGACCACCAGACCCCUCUCUCUCCGCUUGUCACCUCUCCUCGCUCCACGCGCCGCCGCCGCCUCCUCUUCCAACUUGAACUCCAACUCUACCACCUUCCACGGUCUCUGCUAUGUCGUCGGAGACAACAUAGACACCGACCAAAUCAUCCCCGCCGAAUACCUAACCCUAGUCCCAUCAAAUCCAGCCGAAUACGAAAAACUCGGUUCGUAUGCCCUAAUUGGUCUACCAGCAUCAUACAAGACCAGGUUUAUGGAACCAAACGAGAUGAAAACGAAAUACACAAUCGUGAUUGGAGGCGAUAAUUUCGGGUGCGGAUCGUCACGUGAGCAUGCGCCAGUGGCACUAGGAGCAGCCGGAGUAGCUGCGGUGGUUGCGGAGUCUUAUGCCAGAAUAUUCUUUAGGAAUUCGGUAGCAACAGGAGAGAUAUAUCCGUUAGAAACGGAAGUGAGGAUAUGUGAGGAGUGUAAAACUGGGGAUGUGGUCACUAUUGAGUUAGCUGAGAACCGUUUGAUCAAUCAUACGACUGGGAAAGAAUAUAAGUUGAAGCCUAUUGGUGAUGCUGGUCCCGUUAUUGAAGCUGGUGGGAUUUUUGCCUAUGCUAGGAGUACUGGCAUGAUUCCUUCACAAUCUGCUUAAAUAUCUCAGAAAUUUUGUACUAUGAACAUCACUGCCAGAAUUCAUAGACUAGUGUCGCGAAGCUUUCAUAUUCAUGUGCAGAGCAUCUCAUUGGAACCUCUUUAUGAUUGGCUGUUGCAGAAUGCAUCAUGGGCUAGGUGGCGAUGCAUGUGUUGCAUAUUGCUUUAAUAGUUGGUAUUUAGUUUCUUCUAUUUCUCUAGUUGUUAUGUUGCAGCAGUGAUGUCAAAAUUAAAUAAUAAAUAUGGAUGUUUUAGAGUUUAAUCCUGGAGAGUAUUACCUAUGUAUUUACCAUGUAUGUGCUUAUACCGUCGAUAUUUUAUUGUUCAUUGCUAGAAUGAAUUAAAAAGGCUUGGCACUUUAUUUAAA